GCGAUCGCAUCCACACCUUCCAGAGUCCCCUACGUCCCCUGUUGUACUCUAUCAUGUCCGAGGCCCCGAAACCAGCUGAGAAGUCGACCGCGGAGGCCGACUUCACCAAAUACAAGACGGCCGCGGACAUCGUCAAUGUGGUCAUGAAAAAACUUGUGGCUCUCAGCGUUGAGGGCGCGAAGGUGCUCGACAUUUGCGUCGAGGGGGACAAACUCCUCGAGCAGGGUACCGGCGCCGUGUAUAACAAGCCCGUGAAGGGUGUGAGAGUUGGCAAGGGGAUCGCUUUCCCGACAUGUGUAUCCGUAAACAACACUGUAGCCCACUUCUCCCCCCUGGAAUCCGACCCCGCGUCCUCAUUAACCCUCGCAAAAGACGACGUCGUUAAGCUGCACAUCGGCGCGCACAUCGACGGCUUCGCAGCAGUCAGCGCGGAGACGCUGGUUGUGGGCGCGUCGGAGGACAAUCCGGUUACGGGCCGGAGAGCGGACGUGCUAAAGGCGGCGUGGCAUGCGGCAGAGAUCGCUAUGCGGCUGGUGAAAGUGGGGAACAAGAAUUGGACGGUCACGGAUACGUUGACCAAGGUCACCUCGGCUUGGGACUGCAAGCCUGUCGAAGGGAUGCUGUCGUGCCAGCAGACGCAGAACGUCAUUGACGGCAAGAAGCGCAUUAUCCUGAACCCGUCUGAAGCUCAGAGGAAAGACCUCGAGGGUGUCACGUUUGUAGAGAACGAGGUGUAUGGCAUCGACAUUCUGGUAUCGUCUGGAGAGGAUGGCAAGGCUCGUGCAGAGGACACGAAGACGACAAUCUAUCAGAAGGACUCGACCGUGACCUACCAACUGAAGAUGAAGACGUCGCGUGCCGUCUUCUCUGAAGUACAAAAAAAGGCCGGAGCAUUCCCCUUCAACAUUCGUUGCCUGGAGGAUGAGAAACGUGCGCGACUGGGCCUUCAGGAGGCGGUACAGCACGGUCUCGUGAAGCCGUACGACAUUGUUUUCACCCCGUCGAACACUUUCGUUGCGGCCUUCCACUUCACGAUCGCACUGCUGCCAGCCGGUCCAGCUCUGAUCACGCACCCUCCUGUUUGGUACAAGCCUGAGCUCGUGCGGACGGAGAAAGAGCUAGAGGACGAGGAGCUGAAGGAACUCUUGACGAAGAAGCUGCGAGAGGACAAGAAGAGCAAGAAAAAGAAGGCAAAGGCGGAGGGUGAGGGUGAGGGUGAAGGAUCCGAGGAGAAGUAGUCACUAGUCAGUAGCCAAGAAGUGAAAGAAUGUAUCCUUAGUGCAACACACCUUGUUCUCCGAGAAGCAAUUAUACAUUACGACGCUGCACCAUUCUCCGCGU